AUUGUCUCGGUUUCACGAUCAUCCCUCGAUUCCUUUUACUUCACUUUUUGUGUCCAAUACGAAGUAGCCCUUCAAGUUGACGGAACGUACUCAACUAAGACGGAAGAUGCAGUUGACUCAAGGAAGUUCUCGAAGAGUAGAUUGUUCUUGGUCUUAAUCUACAAUUGUAUCCCCAAAGCUCCAUGUCUCAAGCUCCGGUAUAUUUUGCAAUUUCCAGUGUCUCCAAAUGUCUCCGAACUUUAACUUUGAUUUUACCAUUGUCUACAGCUUAUCAUCAAGUACGAUCUAGAAGCUCUCAGCCCUUGGAACUUGAAAUGCUCGCCUUUUUCUUGCCUACGGCUCUGCUGCUCAACUUGUUCUGGAACAAUUACCAAAGUCAUGUGACUUUUCAUCGACCAUUUCAUGUUCUUCAGUUCUUGUAUACCAUAAGCUGUCAGUGGUACAGAAGCUUACGACAUUAUGCUACAUUCGGGCGUCUUGUAUCUGUAGGCUCGUUGAUGGAAGCGAUUUCAGGGGUACUUCGCUUGGUUUCGCUUAGAAAGGGGUGCUAUCACGCAAGGCAAUGUUUGGUUGGAAACAACCAACGAACGCAAUCUACGAGCUAGAAGCCUUAAUCGCCAUGUCAAUCCUUUUUGAAGUAACGAUAUGCUAAACCAAAAUCAAUAACGC